GUUAUGUCAUGCUGACACUAUUAGUGGCACAUACUAGGUCCUACAAUAUCACUUACAUGUUGUUACAUUCACAGUUCUUUCUGUAAAUUUCUGAACCAACAUAUCACAAGAUCACUUUAAGAAACAAUUUCAGAGAAAGCUAAACUGGUUAUUUUUUUAUGGCCCUAAACUGAGAAAGGCGGUGUGGCAACUUAUUUACCUUAUCGUUGGGGUAAUAUGAAGCACAAGUGGUUGACUUCAAUCAAAAAGUUGAAUUAUUCAAGUAAUACCUCAAGAAUCCAUCACCAUCAAGAGCCAAUGGAUCAGUUUAAAGGAAAAACAGAAAGAGCCAGAGAUAGAUCAAGGGGAAGGACCAAUCAAGCCAGGCGAUCAGGUCUACGUGCGAGCGUUUCGAAGAAAGUGGAACGAACCCAGAAGAGAAGGGCCCUUUAUAGUAACCAAAGCAUCACCCACCGCAGUUCAAGUGGAAGGACGCUCCACCUGGUAUCAUCUCAAUCACUGCACUAGAGCAGUCCCGCAGGUACAGUCAGGUGUGCCAACCGAGGUAAGUGGUGAAGAGGAACAGUAGGGGACAGGCAAGAGCAACAAGAAGCUGACACUGAACCGCAGGAACUUGACCAAGUAAUAAGGGAAAUUUUCGGUCCUGAGGACAGGCCCGUAGAUCCUAAGGAUGGGGAUAUGGAUGGUAGUACUCUUUCAGAUAAUGGGGACGACUUGGGGGCGACCAGUCCUGCCCCCCGGGAUGAUACACUCAGAUACUCUUGUGCAGAUUUGGAGACCAUUAAUUUGGCAGAUGUGGCAUGGGACUGUUAGGAUCCCACAAAACCUGAGAGAAAGGAGUAAGAGGAGCACAACGAUUACCUCCGUACCAUGGUACCAGAACAUAUGGUACCAAUGGGCAAAUUAUACAGCAGGGAUGAUGAAGAGACAGAAUUGUUAUGUAUGCUCAAGAGCAAAUCCAGCACAAUAUGUAGUCCCCAUGCCAUACAACUCUUCCACCUGCGUGCAAUGGCGAAAGGAGCGGAGGGGGCAGUGUGCGCAGCAGUGUCCAAGUAUAGUCAAGACCUGCAGUAUGGGAAUUUGUAGCGGGAUAGAUCCUUGUUAUCGGAAAUGUAUUGAUAACACACCAAUGUGCCCUUAUUGGUGUAUGUUAUACCAGGCUUCCUCGCAGUAUGAUCAAAACAAGCUUGCCUCUAACUGUAAUUACAGCAGACCGUGGACUAUGAAUAAAAGAAGCCAGACAUCCACAUUUGAAAAGCUCAAAGUGCAGGAGCAUUUGAGUUAUGAAUGUUUCACACGGACGGGUGAUCUCUUGGUUGGACAUUUCAGUGGUAACUGUGCUGAGACUUGGGAUGUAACCCCAGGCCAGAGAUACAAGACAGGUACCUCUCCGCCCGAUGGUGCACUGGAUGCCCAGACCAUCCCGUUAGCAGAUACCUGGUGGCUCUGUGGGAAGGAGGGAGGUCUGAGAUCCACGCUCCCCCUCAGUUGGACAGGUACACGUACACGAGUUAUGCUGAUUCAAGAAGUUGUAGUAUCCCCUGAAGUACAAUUUGACGCUCUGAAGCAGCAGAUACUGCGACAAAGGAAGAGAAAAUAUGAACCUGAUCCAACAAUCCAAAUCGACAGUAUAGGACAGCCGAAAGGUAUACCUAAUGAAUUUAAGGCAAGAAAUGAGAUUGCUGCGGGCUGGGAGGCACUUACACCUAUAAUAGGGGUUAGUAAAAAUGUUGAAUGGAUAAAUUAUAUAUAUUAUAAUCAACAAAGAUUCAUUAACUACACUGAUGAUGCACUGGAGGCUUUGGGGCAGCAGCUAGAUGCAACCAGUAGAGUGGCGUGGCAGAAUAGACGGGUACUAGACUGGCUAUUGGCAGAGAAAGGAGGAGUUUGUGUAAUGUUUGGGGAACAGUGCUGUACUUUUAUACCGAAUAAUACUUGUCUGGAGGGAUCGUUUACCAGAGCAAUGAAUAAACUGAAAAAUUUAAGAAAGGAAGUUAAACAAAAUGCAGGGUUUGGACAUCAGUUCUUCGACUGAUUAAAUAGUAAACUAGGAGGAUGGGGACCAUGGCUGACCAAGAUUGCAGUAACCAUUGGUAUUGUAUUGCUAAGCUGUGCGGUCAUUCUGUGCUGUUUUCUUCCAUGCCUCAAGUCGCUUGUAGUGCGUGCUGCAAUGAAACGGUUUCCGAUGCUCCUGGAAAUUGUUGGGUCGAGCCUUAUGGAGAAGGAGACACCGAUGAUGUUUUCGUACAGUCUACGAGACAUGCAAGACGAACAGGAGAGAGAUGAGAUAUGUGGGGAUUAGGCUGUGAAGGCUCCUGAGUCUUUUUUCCUGUCUCAGUUACGAAGGGAUGGGUUUUUGGCUCAGCGGCCUAGGGAGUUAGGGAGAGAACACUUUGAGUCUUAAGCGCAGAAAACUAUAGUUGAACCCAAAUUUGGGAGUAAAUGCGUGGCUUUAUUUGAGCUUUUGUGCAUAGACUCUCAGUCCUCUCUCUCUAUGAGACCCUGUGGGUCUCAAAGGGCAGAUUAUAUCGGAAAAUGUAAACGCAUACAUUGUAUUUUCUAUGUAUUACAGUAUUUACAGUAUUUACUCAACAGUAUUUCAGUAUUCACUCAAAUGCACACAUUAUAUUUUCUAUAUUUACUGUGUAACCACUGCUAGCUGAAUAGAGGGUAUUCACUAUGUAGCCAUGACUUUUGACCUAAUCACUAUUAAUUCAUGAAGAGAACUAGAAUGAAACCAAGUAGAAAGAUAAUGGUGGCGAGUAAAGUAAUGAAAUAUGUGGCAGUAUGUCAAAACAAGACCAAUUAAGAAAUAACUGUGGUUAGUUAUGAGGGGACACCUGGUCUAAGAAGUAAACUAGGACAUAAUUAAAUUGGGGAGUAAAACAAUAGUGGAAGGUCGAAAGCGGAUGUAUUGAUGACAUGUGAUCACAGGCCGUCUGGAUAUGAUAAUGUAGCUAAGAUAGGAGAUUGCUAUAAAGAAUGCUGUGUACAAGCCUCGAUGGGCAGUCAGCUACUAGCUUUCUGAUUGUCUCAGCUUUGAUUUGCAAAUUAAAGUUUAAAACUUCUUGAAGGAUUUUCUGCGUCUCCUUGUUGUUUGUAAGAAACGAGAAACCACGACAAUACCAACCCAGUUCCUCCCCCUACAGACACACUACCUGAACCAAGUAUUUCUGUUUCUAUUUCAGGUUUUCAUUAACCUCAAGAAAUAGAAAAUGUUAGAAUACAAAAAGUUCU